AUGCAAAUCAAAACCCUCCUCGCGGGUCUCGCCUCCAUUCUAGCUGUCACCGCCGUUCCAAUGGCAAGCCAAAAGGCAUCUCCCACACCCUCCGCGUCAAAGUCUCUCAUCCCGCAUUCGAGCUCGGCUUCCGUCUCCCCUUCACCGACGCCGACGCCAAACCCCUACGAGGCAUACACAUGCCCAACGGGUAAAUUCAAGUCCUGCUGCAUGUCCGUUCAGCAGACGGGCGAGGAUGUCAUCAAGCCGCUUGGAAAGUUGGUUCCUAUCGUCAGUGGGCUGGAGCUUAGCUCGGCUAUCUCGUUCCAGUGCAAGAAGAUGAAUGAACAGGAUCCGCCGGAUACCUGUAAUGCACACGGGUAUUCGCCCAUGUGCUGUAGUGACCAGGGUGGCGCACUCAACUCUUGCAAGCCUUUUGAGCAGGUUAAGAAGAACUACUACACGCACCAGAUGAAUCUCCCCGAGACUCAGGCUGAUAUGAUCAUGGACAUUCUCACCUGA